UUUUCGUACUAUUGAAAGCAGAGACAAGGUAGCUAUAUACAACACACUAUAAACUGAAUCAUUGUUGGAUAAAGUAUAUAAAGACCUUAAGUUAUUUCUAUAUUCUAUAUUAUUCGCCUGUGUUUUUGAAAGAGAUUUUGCAAUUUCCCUCACGUUUUCGCAGCUUACGGGCAGUAUAUGAAUGCGGCAUCUGUUUUAUCAGCCCGUGUUUUCAUUUAUUUGCGCCCCACCUGUCCUACACGGCGGUUUCCAUGCUUCGGGGACGACAAGCUUUGAGGGAAGGAGCACCAUGACUUUGACCAGAGGAUCUUUUACCUAUGCCAGUGGGGAGGAAUACCACGGCGAGUGGAAAGAUGGUCGGAGACAUGGCCUUGGUCAGCUCAAAUUUCAGGAUGGAACAUGCUACACUGGCCAGUUUGAGAACGGACUCUUCCACGGGUCUGGUGUGCUGCUUUUUACAGAUGCAUCCAGGUACGAAGGAGAAUUUGCUCAUGGAAAAUUUCAAGGCUCAGGAGUCUUCAGUCGGUACGAUGGCAUGAAGUUUGAAGGAGAAUUCAAAGAUGGCCGUGUUGAGGGAUAUGGGCUAUUGACGUUCCCUGAUGGAACUCAUGGUGCUCCACGAAACGAGGGCUUGUUUCAAAACCACAAGCUGCAGAAGAGGGAGAAGUGUCCUGGAGUGGUGCAGCGUGCUCAGGCUUCAGCCUCCAGUGCUCACAGCAUGGUACUAUAACUUCCUUAAAAUCUUAAAGGUGUUGGGAGUGGGUUUUCAGCACCUUCCAGAUGGGCCUUAAGGGUGAACACUCCCAGUCACAACUUCUUUUUGUAUGUUUUUUACCAUUUCUUUUUUAAAAUUUUCACUAUUCUCAUUUGUCCCCACUUACAGUGACUUAAUGCAAAGGCAGUUCAACCUUUUUGAAAUGAUGAACUCCUUGAAGCACACCUUUAACUUGAUGAGUAAUGUAAGCAGGAAAAGCUGCUGUCUCACAUAUUAACAUCCAACUCUAAAAUGUGUCUGUUUUCUUCUGUAACUGAUCAUCUUGCUGCUGAUAAAAAAAAAAAAAACUUUUUAAAAGAUUUUUGUUUGGCACUAGUGGCCUUUAUUGAACAGUAGACAGCUGACAGGAAAGAAGGUGCAGAGAGAAGGAGAAGACAUGCAUCAAAUGUCCUGAGACGGGGAAUCAAACCUAGGACAACCUUGUCGAGGACUAUAGUCUCUGCACAUGGUACACCUGCUCUAGCAACUGAGCCACCCAUUGCCCCCCAUAAAUUACUUUUCCAAAAAAUGCUGCUGUAUGCUAGAGUAGCUUAAAAUAAAAUAAAAUAAAAUAAAAUAAAGCCUCUCGGCUGCAUGUAAAAGAAAGAAUGUAUAUAUUUAACUACUCACAUUUGCCUUAAAGACAUUUUUACACAAUCACAUGCUUGCAGGGUGUCAAUAAAAUAAUCAAAUGAUGAACAGUAUCCUCUCCUCACCUUCUCACUGCAUGGUCUGCCCUGAGGUGUCUGUCAGCUUAAUGCGUUUGAGGCCUGUUUUAGGAUUGUUUUAGCUCACAUCAUUUGCAAGUCUUUGAUAAAUCCCCUACUCUCUGUAGAAAUUAUAGGGGAUGAGGUUUUACUCUGAUAAACAUUUGAGAACACAAUGCCUCAACAUCUGUAAGACAUGUUAGAAUCAACCAUUGCUAGUCAGAAGUUUCCAAACACUCAUCCUCGGCCUGAAUAUGGGCAAGUAUAAUUGUACCACAAUUUCAAUGAAUUUGAAAAACCAGAGUUUGCUGCACACAUUUGAAUUUAUUGUGGGUUUUCUCUAUUCCAAUCUGAGUCAAAGUAAUACAAACAGGCUCAAACAUAGAUAUACCCCUAAUGUAUUGUUAAAUGUAUCCUAGCAUGUUGCAGAGAAAUCAAAAGGUAUUUGUAGUCAUCAACAAGCUUCUGGCACAAUUGUGCCUGCAUGUUUGACCUCUCCUCUUAUUAAACAUGGUAGAGUUUGUUACAAUUGGGUGAUUUUCUGGUAAUGACUCUGCCUUCAGUUAUAGUCCAUGGAUUUCCAUAAAAAAUUAACCUCCUUUAUUAAUUCCAAAACCAGUUUUGAUUUUUAUUUGGAAUUAUAUUCUGGUUGGGACACCCAAAUGUGCCCAAUAUUUGAUAUGAAGUUAAAAAAUUUAAGAUAGUCCUUCAUUGUUCCACAUUCUUUUUAAAGCUUACCACUACUUCUGGCAGUAAAACACCCCUACAGCAUGAUGCUACCACCACCAUGAUUGGCAGCUGGUAUGGUGUUAUUACGCUGCAUGCAAAUUGUCUUGGAAGUCAGAGCUCAUAGCUGGGAAUUACAUCGCACACAAAUUUAGAGAAUUCAAGUUGUUAAAAACACAAAAUAACAUGCCUUGAAAUCGGCCAGUUUAAAUACACUGUACCAUUUAUUCCAAGAAAUAUCCAUCCAGAGUUAUGUCAAAGGUGUAUUGAUGGCUUAACAAGUGUUUAGUUUCUCUGCAGCUUGUUAAGAGACAUUGAUCCAAAUAUUAGUGGGGGUGUAUGUAUAAUUUUGAUCCUGUAGGGAAAACCCAAAUUAAAUUCAAACUUGCUCACCUAGUUCUUAUUUUUAAAAUUAUUUGCAGUUGUGUGUUGAAUCAUCAUUUCAACAUGGAAAAAUAAUGGUUCUAAUGUAUCAUUAGAAGCCCAAAAAUGAAUGUCAUACACAUUCUGAUGGUGAGUGAAUGCAAAUUUCUCACCCGCACUUUAUCUAAAUGGAAAUUUAUGGACCUGAAUAAUUUGGGCAGCUACAUAAAAAAAUUAUUUAAGAGGUACUUAAUUCUACUGUAUAUGUUUUUCUGUGUGUGUAAGGUGUAUAAAUGUUAAUUGUAGCCGACUAUCAAUGUUAACAUUUUAAACUGUCCAAGGACUGGUGGAAAAUUGUGUAACUGUGUUUUUAACAUGUUUAAUAUUUAGACACAUCAUUUUUUACAGCUGAUCACAGCUUUUAUGUGUUAAUUCUACUUGAAUGUUUAAUAGGCCUUACAUCACAUUAGUAGACAUGGUUAAAUCAAAUCUUGCCUGCAAAUCUUCAACCAAAGACAAUCAUGUGAUGCAAGAAGUAUGAAAGCUUGCUGCAACUGAAAAAAAUGACCAGAAAUAAAAAAUCGGACUAGUUCGGGUAUCAUUACCACUAUCGUGCAAAUUUAAAAUAUGAUGCAUGUGUAAAUGUUGCAUUUGUUCACUUACCUCUGCCUAACAAACUGAUCGCACAAAAGUCAUGCUUCCAUUUUAACCUGGAAACAAAUGGUGCUUUAAAAGUGUGCCUGUCCACAGUUUAAUUUGCCCAGGGGAAAAAAAAUCUUGUUGCCAUGGUUACCUUUUUGAGGAUUCAUGACUUAUGUUGUUUGAGUGGUCUUUAAAAAAAUCCUUCUGUUUUCCUGGAAUUAGUCCAGCUAUGUAUCAUAGAAGUGUGUUUAAUAAAGGGUUGUAUUGUAAAAAGAAA